AUGAAUAUAUUGACCAACGGGCUCGAACAAGCGGAGAUUGAUUACGUAAAUGCAAAACUUCGCUUUGAAAGAAUUACUGUUUCAUUUCACGCGUAUGAAGAACACCAUGACGAACUCGCUAUUCUCGAUGCCGAUAACGUACAAAUACAAGAGAUUGACAGUCUCAGAGACAAAUAUUACCGGGUCGCGAGCCGAAUUCAAACGAUGCAAGUAGCUAACGCCGAAAAUAAUAUUACCGCGCCUAUCGGAAAUUCAACGUUCAUAGAGAGACAGAGAUUGUUGAAAUUGCCAGCGGCCGAAAUUCCGAAAUUCGAUGGAAAUCACGACAAGUGGCUAUCGUUCAAGAAUACUUUCAAGUCUAUGGUAGAUUCGCGUACUGACAUAGAUAACGUCAUAAAGUUCACUUACUUGAGAAACGCGUUACAAGGAGAAGCUCUCAACAAAUUAUCAAUCUACGAUCUUAGCGCGGAACAUUACGAGAACGCGUGGAAACUUUUGACCGAUUCUUAUGACCGCAAACGUGUGCUCGUAUCCAAGCAUCUCGAUGCCAUAUUAAACAUUUCGACUAUUGACAACGCCACUUCGACUAAUUUGUCAAAGUUAAUUGACGACAUGAGACAACACAUGAGCAUGUUACAAUCUUUGCAAGUAGAGCCAGACGAGAGAGUCAUCAUCAGAAUAUUAGAAAGGGCAUUGCCAGUGCAUAUUCAUAGAAAAUGGGAAGAGUCUUUGAGCCUGGACGAGCUACCGGAAUUAAACAAAUUUUAUCAGUUCAUUAAUGAGACGAUAUUUAGACUUCGCACCUUUGAACGAGAUGAGUCGCGGCGGGGAGGAAGUAUCGCUAUAAAACGCGGCGGACAUCAAAUUUCGAGCGGAAACAAAUAUCGACGACACGAGUCGGGCGUUCGCGCUUUCAUCACGGGUACCUCAGACUCUUGCCCCAAAUGCAAAGAAUCUCACCCGUUGUUCAAGUGUCCAAUUUUCGAAAAAUUACCGAUCAAUCUAAGAUGGAACGUAAUUAAAACAGCAAGACUUUGCCGCAAUUGUCUUCGCGCUCAUCCCGGGCGUUGUACCGCCACCCAUUGCAAGCGAUGUAACGUUUAUCACCAUACGCUCUUACACGGAGAAUCUGCGACGAAAUUGGGGCAGUUGUCCUACCAGAAAAAAGAUCAAGACACGAAUAAUCCUCAAAAACAUGCAUGA